UGGUCUUUUCUUACUAAUUUACAAAAGGUAGAGUUUGUGUUCCCGUAACAGGCUGAUUGUCAUGUCCUGACCAAUGACCUUGAGUCAGCAUCAGCCCACCUGUCAUCUGUCUGUGGAUUUAUUAACACAGUAAUCGCAGCCCCGGCAGCACCCGUACCCUCAGCGGCCUCAGCAUCAGCACCGCAGAGCCGAGCCCGGAGCCCGCCGCCCGCAGGAUGGCUGUAGCUCCUCCGAGUUACUGUUUUGUGGCCUUCCCACCACGUGCUAAAGAUGGUCUGGUGGUAUUUGGGAAAAACUCAGCUCGGCCCAGGGAUGAAGUGCAGGAAGUUGUGUAUUUCUCAGCUGCCAAUCACGAACCCGGGAGCGAGGUUGAGUGCACUUACAUUUCAAUCGACCAAGUCCCCAGGACCCAUGCCAUUGUGAUAAGUAGACCCGCCUGGCUUUGGGGGGCAGAAAUGGGAGCCAACGAACAUGGAGUGUGCAUAGCCAAUGAAGCCAUCAAUACCAGAGAACCGGCCGCUGAGGUGGAAGCCUUACUAGGGAUGGACCUGGUCAGGCUUGGUUUAGAAAGAGGGACAACAGCUAAAGAAGCCUUAGACGUCAUUGUCGCCUUAUUGGGAGAACACGGGCAAGGUGGGAAUUACUAUGAAGAUGCCGGCUCCUGCCACAGCUUCCAAAGUGCAUAUCUGAUUGUGGAUGGGGAAGAGGCCUGGGUGCUUGAGACCGUGGGCAGGUACUGGGCUGCCGAGAAGGUCACAGAGGGAGUGAAGUGUGUUUGCAAUCAGCUGUCACUCACCACUAAAAUUGACGCAGAACAUCCUGAACUCAGGAGUUAUGCUGAGAGUCAAGGUUGGUGGACAGGAGAGGAUGAGUUCAACUUUUCUCAAGUUUUUUCUUCAACUGAUGACCAUCUAGACUGUUGUGCAGGCAAAGACAGCUUAGAAAAGAAAGAAGAAAGCAUCACAGUGCAGACUAUGAUUGAUAUCUUACGGGACAAAGCCAGUGGAGUCUGCAUAGACUCCGAGUCUUUCCUUACCACGGCCAGUGUAGUGUCUGUCCUGCCUCAGAACAGAAGCUCGCCAUGCAUUCACUACUUCACUGGGACCCCAGAUCCUUCCAGGUCCAUAUUCAAGCCUUUCAUCUUCGUUGAUGAUGUAAAACUUGUCCCCAAAGCACAGUCUCCUUGUUUUGGGGACAGUGACCCUGCUAAAAAGGAGCCUCGGUUCCAGGAGAAACCGGACCGUCGGCACGAGCUGUACAAGGCCCACGAAUGGGCACGCGCUGUCCUGGACAGUGACCAGGAGCAGGGUCGCAAGCUGAGGAAGACCAUGCUGGAACUGGAGAAGCAGGGCCUGGAAGCCAUGGAGGAGAUCCUGGCCAGCUCUGCACCCCUGGACCCCACUGAAGUGGGGGACCUUUUCUUUGACUGUGUUGACACGGAGAUUAAGUUCUUUAAGUGAAGUAAGCAUUCCCUUUCCCCUUCUUAUUUAAAAUUUCCCACCUUACUAAAUUACCAGCAAAACAAACCACUCUCCUGUUUGAGUAAAAUGAGAAAGUUCAGAUGUGUUAAAGUCACACUGUUCACUCAUGUUCUGCCUUGAAUCUCAAAACAUCCCCUUGUUCUGCAACAUAGGCCUGCUUCUUUUGCAGUGUGACAUGUACCCCAUCUGCCUGCUGUUCGAUUGUAUGACUAACUGUGGAUUUUAAGCUGCUAUGAUUGUAUUUCAGUGACAAUGGACAGGAGGACUAGAGUUCAUCAAGCUUGAAAGGCAGGCCCGACAGUGCAGAAUUUGUGGGAGACACAAAGUCUUUUGAAAUCUUCCUCUUUUGCUCAGUAAUGGUUUCCUGCAGGUUAGCAGAAGUGUUUCUUGGGCCCAGGGCUCUUGUGUGUGUGCUUGAGAGAGAAGCUUCCUGGCCUCCCUUAUCCUGAGUGCAUGCCUGUAGUGCACAUGUGUCCUCUGAGGGACAAAAUCAAUGGGGAGGAGUAAAGGGGGCUCCUCUCCAGUCCCAGCUCCAUCCCGAGUCCCGUGACCUGAAGGAGCCCGGCUUCUCUGCACUGUGCUGUGUGCGGUGCGCCUGCCGAGUGCCUCCAGGCACAGGAGAGCUGGUCGUCUGUGUUAACUGCACCCUGUCCACUCUAGAGGCUCCGAGGCACCAUGCCGGUGACUUCCCACAUCACUGUGGGGACCUUCCGAAAGGCACAAGGGCUCUCCCUGAACAACUGCAGACCCACCCCUUGUAGGCCUUGUGCAGAAAUGAUUCUGGAUCUGCUUCCUGCCAUCUAGUUUAGGAUUAAUGAAAUGGCGCUAUGGCAAAGUUCCACCCCAUAGAGCUGUGAAUCUCUCAGCUAAUGAGGAAAAGGAAAGGAGACAAUCUCAGCUGUCUAGAUUCCAGUUAAAGUAGCUGGCCUCUGAGCAGACACUGCAUUAACUCAGCAGAGACUUUAAUUAAACUGAUUUGCUUCCAGCGUGGAGUUCGCAUGAAGGAUUUGACUUAACCACCGGAGCAUAGAAAAGCCUGUGAGGAAGACCAUAUGGGCUCAGCAUUGGGAAGACAGAGGGCAGGGAGGUGACAGAUGGGUGUAGAAGCAUUUUGCUCCAGUGCAACAACCCAGCGCACCCUUCCUGCUCAGCCUGUUAUAUCCCAUCAAGCUGUGAGGGGAGCAGCUGGCUUUCCCUCUAUUUCUCACACCCCACAUUUCCCAGUCAUUGUUCCCAGGAUGCUAGCUGAAGCUGCAGGUGGUGGUUGGGGGGGGGAGGCUUACCUCUGGUUCUUGAAAUUCUUAACUGCUGGUUGCAAUGGAAGGGGUCAGAGAUGAUUAAUAGAAGUGUAUGUUAAUAGAGCAGCUAGUGGUGGAAUAGCAGCUUAGUCACUCCACCUCACUGUGCCAUCUAGGCCCAGCUGUGCUUUGUCACUGAUGAGAAUUUGCAAAUGGAAAUGGGAGUGUCAGUAGUUCUGGAAGUGACUUAGAGUCGGUGACUCCUUCUCAGGAGCAGUGUGCCUAGGCCGUGGGAACCAGAAGGGGCUUGGGCCCCAUACACAGAUGUGGACACUGAGGGUCACAGGUUUUAUCAGAACAAAUCUCUUCUUCUACCAAGUCUGCUUUAAGAGUGCAGGCAUAUGGGCACUAUGUGCUUUUUGCCCACAGUUCUGUAAAAUACAUAAAAUCACUAAGUGGUGAGAGAUGGGAAGAGUAUUUGGGCUGACAAAGUCAACAACCACCAUUCAUGGUGGCUUAUAGUUACUGAGAGUUGUGUCCAGGCUUGGCUGGGCUUUCAGUGAUGAUGAACUUAGGAUGUUCUUUUAGGUAGGGUGGCCGUUCUGGUUGUCUCACUAUAGUUGCUAAGGGGGAUUGGGGGAGGCUUGAGGAUGAUGUAGCUACCUAUCCCCUCCUGAGUCCUCCUGUUGAGUGGUUAUUUAACACAAGCUGCUGCAGAAAGCCACUCUAAAAUUUUACCAUGUGGUCUCACCUCUACCUACUAUAGAAACUUUUCAUCAGACCUGACAUGGCUGAGAUACCCAAGGUGAUUUGGAGCUUGACCAAAAGAAAUGUAGUGCGAAUAAAAUACAGAGGCCUGCUUUCGUUAUUGUGGGCCAAAGGUCACAGAUAACCAAGCUGGCCUUAUGCCCUUACCCAGCCAUUGUGGAGUGGGAAACACAGUGGCUACUUCUAGGAGGGGACAUUGGCCUUAGUCCAGCACCUCAGAGAGGGGCCAACCCCUACUAGAGCGUAGUCUUAGCCAAUGGGGUCUUUCACAAUUGUGAUGCUUCUGAGUCACCACUAGAGGGUGCAGCAGCUCUCCGCGGCACAGACUGGCAGCCAUUAAACAGGGCUGGGAUGCUCCCAUCAGGCAGGGGUGGUCUUGUAGAGUUGAAACCCAAAUAAUAGCAGGAGACAGAUUCUUUGUGCAAUUGGAAUUUUGUGUAGGGAAAGCCCAGAAAAGGGCAAAGAGUCUGCUGACACAGCAUUGGUGACUUUUCUCUACUCAUAUUAACAGUUUGAAAUAAGUUGUUGGAUUUUGAGCAGGGGGUGGGGGUGGGGGCGGUGUUUGUCUUUAGAUGCUCCUGACACUGCUUUUGAAAAUGCUUGUCAUUGUGUGGAUAAUUUCUUGACCAGGGAUUGCUUUUCUAAAGGCUAUAUGGGGAAAAUGAAUAUUCUAGCUGAACUCAGAAAAUAAUGUUGAAAGGUCAUUGUGUAAAAAUCGGUUCCUAAAAUAUCACUUGUGUACUCAUUAAGACUUUGAGGUGGGGGCUGCACAUGCCUUGUGCAGAAAGAAGACAUGACCAUAAAGGGAAGGACCCCUCCCCCACACCCAUGACCCAUAAUCAAACAUAAGCUGCUUCAUCUUGUCUAGUAAAACAGGAUUUACCAUAGAUAAAGACAACCCUCAUGCUUACGGGGGGGCAGGGCUCCAGCAAAAGUAAAUUAGCAAAGCAGAAGUCAUAUUCUUUCAUGUUUAGAGGUGGUUUGGAACUUUAGGUAGAACAAGGGUAUAUUUGAAGGGUAUAAUUGAAGGGUAAUUCUUUAGUGCCUGGUAACAGAAGGUGCAGUGUUAUUAUUAGAGUCUUUCUUACAAGCUAUCUAACAGAGCAGAUGUAUGCCUAUUAGAUAUUAGCAGUGAAGUUCCUUCACUAUUGGGUGAAUUUUAGGUAUAAAAAAUAAUUAUCAACCAGGCAAACUACUUUGCCUCCUAACUUAUGUCGUCCCACAUUGGUGCAGGUGUUCCACAGCUCCGGCUGGCCCAGUAGGGAAGCCAUGUGGGCCCAGGGCAUCUGUUAGGGAGCCACUCACUGCCUUCUGACUGAAGAGCAGUGCAACCAUUUAUGGGGAAGGUCUUCAGCUGAGCUUUCAGCGUUAGGUCGGGAGCACAUAGAGGGAGGAGAGAGGAGAGCAUAUCUACCUGGCCAUUCUUAGGUGAAGGGGAGGAGUGGCAGGUCACAGGUGCAUGCUGUUAGAGCAUUACUCUGUGCUUCCCUGUAGCUGUGGCCUUUCAUCCCACACAGUCCUACAUCCCAGCUCCCCUCCCAUGGCUUAUGUCAAGUGUGCUUUUUCUGAUUGACUUCAAACAUUCCAAAAUGUCAGAUGCAGAUUUCUCAUGGGAAUAAAUAUGUACAUGUUUGCAAUCAUGCUGUGAGAAGUUAAGUGUGUGAGCUGGAAAAUGCUAUUGGCAGGGAAUAAUAAGAAAGAAAAUCUUUCUGUCUCCUGCAGUGGGAACUGACUGUGUAGUCUUAACAGCAUUUUGUAAAAUAUCUACAAAUGAGAUUACUUCCCUAACCAGUGCUUGCCCUUGGAAUCGACUCUAAAUACAUCAAGUAUACAAUAAAAAUACUGAAAUGAA